AUGGCAGAAACCAUAGAGUGGUUCGGGGCCACGACGUUCCGUUUGAAAGCCAACGGCCUUGUCAUAUUUCUUGAUACAUGGCUGGAGAAGCCCUACGCUCUCCCUAAGUACUUGGACAUUAACGAUGUUACUGAGGCGGACUACAUAUUCAUCUCACAUGCACACUUUGACCACCUACCAGGAGCCGACAGAAUAGCAAAGAAGACUGGGGCCAUCGUCAUUGCCAAUGGUGAAGCCAUCAACCUGCUGCGCUCGGCCGGCGUUCACGAGUUUCAGCUCUUUCCUGUCGCAGGCGGUGAGCGAAUUCCAAUGUUCACAAAAGCCGAUCGCGACGCCGCCGUGGCGGGUAAGAUACCUCUCGCCAAUGGCCCACCGGGAGCACCCGCAAGACCGCACCAUUCGAGGGCAGUCAUGUCCGUUCACGUGUGGCCCUCUUUGCAUGCUCUCAUGCCGGGAAGUGGACACCAUGACAUCCCGGACGAAAUCGACACCGGAACAGAGUACACAGGCGAAGCAACACCAUACGUCUGCACCCUUGACGUGACCAUGGGUAUGAAAUACGCCCUGAUGAGGCUCAAGGAAAUAAUACCUCCCGACCAGAUGGAUGAGGGUACCCGAUCAAUGGCAGAUUACAUGGAAGAUCGAGAUCGUCAUGUCUUCUCGAAUUAUGAUGGAGGCCAACUGGCGUACAACUUCCUUAUUGGUCCUGGGAAAACCUUGUUCUGGAACGGACAUUUGGGAGGCUAUGAAGGGAUCCUGAAAGCCAUUGAGCCUGCUCCAGACGUUGCGAUCCUCGCCAUUGCAGGGAGAGCAAACCUCAAUGGGCGGCCCUACGACGGGUCUGCUGCUUCAUUUGCCGUAGAUGAGAUUCGGUGGCUUUCGCAACCAAAGAAAGUCUACUGGUGUCUACACGAUGAAGGAGCGAUUAAGCCAUUUCGAGUAAACACCGCCGCAGCGACCGCGAUGGUUCACGCCAAGACCUCGACUAAUGUGGAGGAUUUGGCCCCUGCCACACUGGUAAAGCUGUUUUGA